CAAAUAUGUGUUUUGUUCUCAAAGGUACCAGCUCAGGAGGGCUUUGGAAAGUCUAUUUCAGUCGGACAGCAGCAGGUUGUCACACAGCAUUUUGUUUCUGCAUGACAGCUACGGCAACACUGCACACCAUCUAAAAGAGAAUGAUAGGCCCCACCACCUAAGCUGGAGGUGUCUGGCAUACUGAAUCUAUUGUUCUGUUUAAGACUUGUGCUUUGGUCCUUUUAUGAAGAUGUGAAGCAACAUCAAUCUGAAAUUGGAAUUACAAACAGACUGGAGAGAAUUUAGUCUUUGUAAUGUAAAUGGACAAGCGGAAUAAUAAGUAGUUCUAGUGAUUUUUUUUUUUUCUUAGAACAUCUCAGGGUUUAAAGCGGUUUUAAUGGUUUUCAUACCUGUAAGGUCAGGACAAAUGUAACCAAAAUGGGGGACCAGCAGUUGUACAAAACUAACCACACUGCCAACAGCAAUGAUAACUUGUACUAUCAACACCACCAGGUAAACUCUGUCCCUGCUUUAAACCACAGCUACGGAACAUCAAUCAUGGAUGCUUCUCAGGCUUCCCCCCUCUCUCCACAGUAUCCCCAGGAUUCAAGGGACAGUAUAGCUUUGACUGUAGGUUCAAAAAGCGUUGGGUCAUUGGAUUCAUCCCGACCAACCAGUUGGACACAUUCUGGCUCAGGAAACCAUGUUGCAGUAAGGAACAAUCUAAACAGUCAGAAUGCAAUGUGGAGCCCUCUAGGGCAGGGUGAAUCAGCUGAUGGAUACCAAUAUCCGUACUCUCCAGCUAAUGAAGUUCGAUCACAGAAAAUCACGAGUGGGGUUUUACAUAAACUAGACUCCUUUACGCAAGUAUUUGCUAACCAAAACUUAAGAAUUCAAGUCAACAACAUGACUCAGGUCUUGCACGCUCAGUCUUCAGUGAUGGAUAAUGUCAAUGACAGCGCAUUGAGACAACUGCUGUCUCAAAAGUCUAGCAUUGAGCAGCAGCCUGCAACUUCCACUGUGCAAAGAUACCAACAAGUGCCACAGCAAGUACAUCAGAGUUUUGCAAGCCCACAGCAAAAGCAACAAAUGCAAGUCAUGCAGCACCCACAACAGUUGUAUUAUGACUACCAGCAACACCUCUCCCAAAUGCAGAUGCAUUCUGCAGUUCAGCCAGGCCAGCCACACGUGCAACAAUUGCAGUCUCAGCAGCUGUUACCACAACAUUUACAGCAUUUACAGCAGAGCCAAUAUUACCUGCAGCAGCAGCCACAGCAGGGACAGCAGCGGUUUUCAAUACAAGAAAUGCAGCAGAGGCAGUGUCCAAUGCAAAUAGCACAGUAUUAUCAAACACAACCUGCUAUGCAGCAGUUGCAGCCACAGCAGCAGAUGGACUUACAGCUGCCUUAUCACAGGGAUCCUGACCCAAAGACUCUGCAUGAAGCGCACCAGUAUUCCCAGGAUCAGUCUCAUCCUGUACAGCUUAUACAGUUGGGAGCAGUGCCUCAGUAUUGCUACCAAGAUCCACAGCAGCAGUAUAGGCAUUUGUAUUCGCAGACCUUACUACAACAACAGGAGCAGCAACAAGAAGACGACACGAGUCAGGAAAAGCAGUAUCAAAAUGACAACAGGUCUCAAGCUCUGAUGAACUCCCAUAUUAGCCUCUCGGCAUCAGAGGCAAUGGAGGAUCCCACAGAGCAGGAAAUUAAUUCAGUCAGUAAUACUCUUCCUCAUCGAACUCUGUUACCACCAUCAGGUGGCCAUCUAAAUAGCAAAGGGGCUCCGCAAGAGUCUCCCACUGCCAUUUGGCCUCCGCAGAUGCAGCUAUCAGAUGGCAGACUGCAACCGCUGUCCCCUGAGCAAAGUGACCAGAACAGAGCAUUGUUUCCUGAGAAAGCCAAUACAAAGAACAAGCUAACAUGUUCAAUAUGCUUGAAGGAAUUUAAGAGUUUACCAGCCCUAAAUGGUCAUAUGAGGUCACAUGGGGGAGUAAGAGCAUCUCCGAGCUUUAAACAGGAGGAAAGCGAGAAACCACUACAGCAGCAACCGCCUAAAGAGGUGGAUAGCCUCGCGCCCAUCGUCAUGCCUGUUUCUGUCCCUGUAAAGCUUCUGUCGCCUGAGCCCAGCACGCAGCCCACUACCAACAGCACCACAGUCAAAGACAAGCCUGCCAACUCUGUAUCAGAUGAUGAGAUGCCAGUUCUCGUGAAGAUGACUUACUCUCCGCCGUGCAGUCCAAAAGUGGCCAAUCCCUGCUCAUCUUCUGAAGUCGACAAAAAGCCUCCUCCAAGUGCUUCAAAAUUGGAAGAAAACUUCAAACCCCUGCAGGACAAGAAAAAAUAUCGACAUAGGCCUGAACCGCUCUUCAUACCUCCUCCUUCCUUCAACUUCCCUGCAUCCUACUCGGGUGCUACACUCUAUCAAAGUCAACUACGCUCUCCCCGCAUCCUAGGAGACCAUCUGCUAGACAGGACACAUGAGCUUCCUCCUUACACUCCACCUCCUAUGCUUAGCCCAGUACGGCAAGGAUCCGGUCUCUUCAGCAGUGUUAUCACCUCGUCUCAUGGUGCAUCUCAUCCCCAAUUGCCACUCACGCCUCUGACACCCACUCCGCGGGUCUUCCUGUGUCGAUCUAAUAGUAUUGAUGGAAACAAUGUUCCAGUGACUCCAGGGCCUGGAGAACAGACUGUUGACAUAGAACCACGAAUCAAUAUUGGGUCACGAUUCCAGGCUGAUAUCCCUGAUUUACAAGAUGGAUCAUUAAUAGAGAAAGACAUGCACAAGGCAACUUUAGUUUGGAAGCCAUGGCCAGAACUGGAAAAUAAAGGCUUCCAACAAAAAGUGGACACCCUCUUAAAUAUGUGUUGUUCAAGUGUGUUACCUGGUGGAGGAACUAAUUCAGAGUAUGCUUUACACUCUCUCUUUGAGGCCAAAGGAGAUGUUAUGGCUACUCUAGAGAUGCUCCUUUUGAAGAAGCAAGAAAGAAUGAAGUGUCAUCCUUUGGCAAAUUACCACUAUGCUGGAUCUGACAAGUGGACGAAACCCGAAAGAAAGCUUUUUAAGGAUGCACUGUCCAUUUACAGCAAAGAUUUUCUUUUUGUACAGAAAAUGGUUAAGUCUAAGACAGUUGCACAGUGUGUGGAAUACUACUAUACUUGGAAGAAAAUCAUGCGUCUGGGACGGAAACACAGAACACGUUUAGAAAAAAAGAGAGAUGAAUGCCUGACAAGUGGAGAAGAGGAGGUUUUAGAGGAUGAGGAAGAGGUGGAAGACGACAGAAAAUGUGUAAAAGAAGAGGAAAGUGAAAUACAGAAAUCCCCUGAACCACCACCUAUCCCACUUGCACCUAUAGACCUGCCACCCCUUCAAAGUCUCUCACUUUCUGCAGCCUCUUUUAUCUGUGAAAUGCCAAACUGUGGUGCUGUGUUCAGCUCCAGACAAGCACUAAAUGGCCAUGCCCGUAUUCACGGAGGUACCAAUCCAAUGACAAAAACAAGGUGUACAGUUUCAGUCGCUAAGCAAAAAUCUGGGACACAGAGUGGACACGGUUCAGUUAAGAGCUCACCUGCACACAGCACAACAAGUGGUGAGACGGACCCAACAACAAUUUUUCCUUGUAAAGAAUGUGGCAAGGUGUUUUUCAAAAUCAAAAGUCGCAAUGCUCAUAUGAAGACUCACAGACAACAGGAAGAACAACAAAGGCAAAAAGCUCAAAAAGCUGCUGUUGCAACAGAAAUGGCCGCUACUAUUGCAAGAACUACUGGGCCAGUUGGACAUGGUAUGAUCCCUCUGGAUCAUAUGGAUUUGAUUAAACAUGUGGAGGACCUUGAUGACGAUGUUGUUCAGGAGUUGGGUAAUGUCAUGGAAGAGAAUGAAGUCAUGGAAGCUGACCUCUUGUUGGAUGAUGAAGAUGCAGAUCUACUGCAGGAUGAUGCUGAGCUGUAAAUACAGAGCUGUCCCAUGCAGACAGCUAGCUCCUGGAUGCAUCAGUCAAGAAAUCUGAACUACCUGUUUAUUUUCCAUUGAUUUUUUUUUUUUUAAACUACCUGUAUAAAAACUGAUAAUUUCUUUAGUUCAGACCUAGAAAAACUGCUUUUUUCCCUUUUUUUAAUCAAUCUGUGUUUCGGGGAAAAUAAAUAAUUAGCACAAAGAUUCUUAUAAGGUGUUUUAUCUGGGUUCUGUUUCACUGAGAUCUUUCAAAACCACUAAUAACAGAGAAGUCUAUAUAUCUAUUACUGUUUCUUUCCUAUUAUCAGAAGAACUUUAAUUCUGUAGAGUUCUCUUCUCCUAUUCUCAGUUGAGCAUUACUAAGAAUGUGUUUCAUUUACACUUCUUACUCUGGCACCCUUUACUAGGUAAGAACUGCUGUCAUGCACUUCUGACAGGAUAGUUGUCUGCACUGGAUUGUACAGUGAGUUUCCAGCAGUAAGUGUCAUGUUUGGAGAUGCUGACUUGAUUAUUCUUCAGCUUUUUGUCCUGGUUUUAUUUGGAACUAAAAAGAAAAUCUGACCAAAUCUGAAGUAAUUACAAGUGUGAUUGCAUCAUGAAUAUCAUUGUACAUUUUCAGUUCUACCUUGCCUUAAUUUUUACCUGUUCUUGUUAUCUGUACCUGCAAAAGGUAAUGUGUAUACUGUACAUAUGGAGAUUCCACUUAACUGGGUUUUAAAAAAAGAAGAGAGAUCCUCGGGCUUCCGAAUGACCUAAUCCAAGGAAUGAAGAAAGAUGAUGGUGAUUCUACCGUGAAUCUCAUCCUCUGAAGGGAACACUGGAUUAGGAGCUCUACUUUUGUAAUUGGCCUGCACUGGAGAUGCAACCUGUUGUGCCAAUAAAUCACACUGUUGAAUAGCCAUUCCAGAGGCUUGGGGGGGUAUGACUUCAUGCACACAGUGCAGAAGUAGAUUUUUGUUUAUGGGCCAAUGUCAGGAGAUGCCCUUGUCCCACGGAGGGAAUGGGUUGAGUGAUGCUGUUGAAUAAUAGUGACAUGUUCGGGAUUUUGUUUUGUUGGGUUGUUUGUGUGUUUGUUUUUUCCAAAUCCUUCCUAGGCCCGAAAUGUUAUUCUUGUGCCAUUUUUGAGGAUUCACUUUUAAUUUCAUCAGGUUUAUAUAAAGUUUAUGGAGAAA